AACAGCAUGUUGCCAACUCUUCUUCGUGUUGGAGGAGCGGAAGAGAGAGCGCGUGAGAAAACUCAGUUUGAGUGGAUUUUCUUACUUUUUCUAUCCUUUUUUUUCACUGGGUGUAUGUAAAUAUCGUUUAUAUAAUUGUGUUUUUGGUUGUUUUAUAGUUUUUGGGGGUAUUUGUGGGUUGUGGGGCCGUUGGGUUCUGCCCGGCGGCAGGUCGGCGUCUCUGCACGCCAUGGUGGUGGUGGGGAGUGCUGGAGGUUUCUCCACGCUGACACGGAAGAACGGCAUGAAGGUGGGUGCUGGUUCUCCGUGCAGCGUGGAGGAAAUGUGUUUGGCUGUAGGGGAAGUCAUUGGACAUGGGUCCAUCAAGCCUGCAGCUAUCAUUAGUGGAGCUGUCGUUCUGUUUGUGGAGAGAGUGGAGCAGGCUCAGCGGCUGGUGGAAGCAGGCAUCUCUGUCAAUAGGUUGUUUCUACAGGUUUCCCCAUUAACAUUGUCUGCAACCAGAGUCACUUUAUUAAACGUUCCCCCGUUCAUCAUUGACGAGUUCCUGAUUAAAGAACCGUCUCGGCACGGUGCAAAUCACCCCAAAGGAGUGAAAAUCCACUCCGAGUUUUCUCACGCGCUCUCUCUUCCGCUCCUCCCGCACGAGGAAGAGUUGGCAACAUGCUGUUGCCUCAUUGCCAUGGACACGAGGAGAAGAUGAUCUCCAGGAUCCUGCUGCUCAUCAUCAUCAACUCAUGUCUCUGUGCAACAUUUGUAGUGAAUGUGACACAGAGCUCCUAUCAGGCAGAGGAGAACCACAACAUCACUCUGGAGUGGACCUUCACCACCAGACCCAGCAGAACCUGGAAAGAACUGAUUAUUAUCUGUGAACUAUUAGCUCCUUCCAGAGCCUCAGACCUCUAUCAUGUCCAUAAAGGUGUUGAGGUGUCAAAGUCUCAGGAUGAACAGUUUUCAGGACGAGUCCAGAGAGACAAAGACGUCCUCAGAGAAGGACGAAUCAGACUCCAUGUGUCCAGACUGAGGACUGAAGACUCUGGUCUGUAUCUCUGUGAUGUAAAGACUGAUUAUGGCUUCAACUCUGGAAGAUGUUACCUUAACGUCUCUGCAGCUGCUGAUGUCUCAGAACCUCAGAGACCGACUGUUGAUCCAGAACCAGAAGGUCGAGGAAGGAUGGGCCUCUAUGUUUCUCUGGUUCUGACAGCAGCAGCAGCUCUGAUGGUCAAACUGCUCCUAAUUUACUGUUUCAAAGCAUCAAACUCAGGCGUUUAACAGAACCCUGAAGGUUCUGAAGCUGCUGUAGGACAGAUGUCCUCACAUUGGACUCUUCAUUCCUUUGGUG